CGACACACACACACCGCAAGCUUUCACUACAGUAACACAUAACUUUCACUAUAAUAGUGAGUUUACUUCAUGCAUUAUCGUUGACAUUUCGGAAACUCCUGCAGGACAGCGAAGAAAUGCCCGGGCAAGUGUGUGGGUUCAGGAUGCUUAUCCAGCGAUUCAUUUGAGUCAUCCUUUGAAAGGGUCAGUAAGGUAUUAAGUCUUAAACCUAAGGGUGUGAUGGAUCCCGAGUCUGAUAUAGAUGAAGAUAUUGAGCGACUGAAGAGUAAAUGGACUUCAAAAGAGGAUGAAAGUCUUGCAUCCCUCGUCAGGAGGUUUGGAAAGGAUGAGUGGGAAAUGGUCUCAAGCUUCCUACCUGGACGCUCUGCACAGGAUUGUAAAUACAGAUUCACGGUUGUCUUAGAUCCAGAUCUCGUUAAGGGAACCUGGACCAAAGAAGAAGAUGAAAGGCUCAUUCAGCUGGUGACUAUGUAUGGUGACAAGAAUUGGAGCACAAUUGCAAAGCACCUAAAAGGCAGAAGAGGCAAACAGUGCCGUGAGCGAUGGCACAAUCACCUCGACCCUUCUGUGAUUAAGACCCCCUGGACAGAAGACGAGGAUCUCAUGAUCAUAAAAUGCCAUUGUGUGCUGGGAUCUCGUUGGGCACAAAUUGCUAAAUUUCUCCCUGGAAGGACUGAUAAUUCCAUAAAGAACCACUGGUAUUCAACCUUAAAGCGUAAAAUGGACAAGGGCACCUACAAGAUAGAAGAUGUUGACUUGAGUGAUCUUGGACUCUACUUGUCACAAAAAGAAACCACUACUUCCACAAGUCAUGAAAAGUCAAAGAUCACAGCAGAGGCACUACCUAAGGUGAAGGAGACGAAGAGGACGACUUUAGAAAGACCGCUGGAUGUGAACAGUCCUCCGCUCUACCCAUGUUCACCCUCCAGCUCCAGAAGUCCUUCUGGUGUGCCGCCGCAGCAUAAAGCUUUUGUUGAUGAUGUUUUGCGAAUGCUUGCCGAGGACAUGCUGCCCCUGAAUUUCACUGAAGGCUCAGGAUUUUGUAAAUUCUUGUCCUCAUUUGGUCCUCAACACCCACAACUCUCUCAGCGCACCGUAGCAUUAGAGCUCUAUAAUGCUGUGGAGAAAACCAUCAAGCCACAGCUGAUCCAGCAGCUCAUGAACUGUGUAUCUUUGAGUGCAGGCAGUAAUGUUGUUCACAUCACCGCUGAUAUUUGGGCUAGUGAACAUGCAGAACCACUUCUUGCCGUUCAGAUGCACUUUCUUGAUGACGACUGGAACAUUCACAGACCAACUGUGGCUUUUCGCCAGUUGCAGUCUAAUCAGUUUACGGCAAAGAUUGGAGGAGAGCUCGAAUCAGUUCUUCUAAGCUAUGGGCUUUUCCCACAUAACAUUGGUUACAGCAUUAUCCACGAGGCCAAGAACACACUUGCUACACAUGAUGUUUUCUGUGACUACAAGAUCAUGUAUUCUGCACAAAAGAACGAUCCAGAUGAAGAUGAAUUAUUGCAUUUUCUUGAUGACCAGUUCGCCAUAGAUGAAUACUCUAUAGCUGAAGUCUCGUGCAGCAAGCAUCUGGAUUGUAUUACAACACUACUGCACUGUGUAAUGAAGGAGGCCCUGAAGAAGUCCAGAGUUGUUGAGCGUAUACAUCUUGAGAUACAAAGCGUGGUGUCUUUUUUUCGCCGCAGUGCCUACUGGUUUGAGGUUCUUGCACGGAAAUGCAAGCACUCACUGUCUGUUUCUUGCAGCACAAGCAGCUACACCUGGAACUCCACAAUCACCAUCAUUCGUGAGAUCAUGCAGGAGUCGGUGUGGGACUUGGUGAUGACCCUUCUCAAUCAAGCUCGCACGGAGACAAACAGCUGCCACGUCUGUCCACCAGUGGUUCAUGUUGCACGUGAGCAGGUAGUGGACUUUGUGGGCUUGGUGGAGCCUUUUGAAGAAGUGGUGCAGGUGCUUCAGGAAGACGCUUUCACCUUGUCCCUCGUCAUUCCGUCUAUCAUUGGACUGGAUAAAACACUUGAGGCCAAGGCCACAAGCUUCAGCCUUUUCUGCUCAUCCCUGCGCUCUGGUCUACGCUCUUACUUCCAGCCUCUGAUUUUGCGAAGAGAUUUUAUACUCGCCACAGUUCUGGACCCACGAAUCAAGCUGCAACCCUUUGACAGUGGAAAAGAGAAGUUCAAGAGUACCACACUGUUUACACCCUCCAAACAGCGUGCCUCUUCAGUUGUGGAGUCAGCAUUAAGUGAAACUUGUACCGCCUCAGAAAUGAGCAGUGAACAAGCAGAUGUUGAUAGGCAGAGGCUAAUGAGCGUGCCUGAGCUGCAUCAGUAUUUAUCAGAGCCCUUGUUUGAGGGAGAAGUUUCUGUCCAGACCUUUUGGAAAGAGGCUACCCGCUUCCCUCUCCUUCAGAGCAUCUGCCGCAAACUGUUGGCCGUCCCAGCAUCUUCAGGGGGGUUUAAAAGACUGUUUCCUCUAGCGUCCUGUAUCGUACGGGCUCGGAGAAACAGACUGCCACAACACACCACAGAACGGCUUCUGCUGUACAGAGAGCAUCGGAAUACCAGUGGCAAAAAUGCAAACACUAAGUAAACACUGAGCUUGUUGCUUUCUUAUCAGGAAGUGAUGACAUAAAGUGUAUGUUUUUUUGUUUUUUUAAUGUUUUUGUUUAUUGAGUGACUUCAUUAGAAUGUAACCUGAUAAUAAACGUCUUGAUAAAUAUAUGAAA